GUAUACUGAGAGCCCUGGAAUACACAGCUAGCAGGUACCACACUGCGUAUACUGACUCCUCUGGCAUAUACAGAGUAUACUGAAAGCCAGCGGGUACCACACUGAGUAUACUGACUCCUCUGGUAUAUACAGAGUAUACUGAAAGCCAGCGGGUACCACACUGAGUAUACUGACUCCUCUGGUAUAUACAGAGUAUACUGAAAGCCAGCGGGUACCACACAGAGUUUACUGACUCUUCUGGUAUAUACAGAGUAUACUGAAAGCCAGCGGGUACCACACUGCGUAUACUGAUUCCUCUGGUAUAUACGGAGGAUACUAAAAGUAAGUGGGGACCACACUGCGUAUACUGACUCCUCUGGUAUAUACGGAGUAUACUGAAAGCCAGCGGGUAUCACACAGCGUAUACUGACUCUUCUGGUAUAUACGGAGUAUACUGACAGCCCUGAUAUCCACAGGGAGGUGUGCAGACUGCCCGCACAGGUACACACAGAGUAUAUUGGAUGAAACUGUGAAGCUCAGGAUAUGGCAGCUUUCGAGUUCCAUGAAGACGACUUGGAAGAACUUCUCAUAUAUGACGACCUUUUCCUGGAAUAUUUUAACGAGUUCCUUGGUUUAGGGGCUUUCCCAGUAAGGUUGACAUACAAUCGUUUGAUGGGGACCAUACAGGAAUUGGACAGUCUCAUGGACACCCCGCCUGGGGAUUAUGGGGCUAAUGACCUUCAAAGAGAGAACAUGCUGACCUGGCUGAGGAGAGAGAGACUUCCCCUAUUUCUGAAGUCUCCACUUUACUUGGAAUACAAACUGGCCAACUUACUGCUGCGACCUCUGGAAGACCCCCGCUCAGUCAGCCGCUAUGGAAUUCAUGGGUAUAGUCGCCAGUCAAACAGCGUCACCUUGUCUUCUUUACCCAGCAAUCCAUCCACCUCUUAUCAUCGAACAGGUGAAAUUGAUGGUGGUAGCAUCCAUCCAGUGGAGCUGGUACACAGAAUGCCCAGCCGCGUGCGAAGCACACCUGCCGCCAUAGGUUAUUUAUCAGAGACUUACAGCCUGUCUCUUCUGGAACAAUAUGGAGAUCUGAUCCUUCAACUCUGCCAACCUCGAGAAUCAGACUUUACGGACGGUCUGCUCUUUCCAUCCCUAGUAGAAAGCACAGAGCAAGAAUUUGGACCCAACAAUAAGAAGUCCCAUGGCCUCCGGAGACUGAUGACACCAGGCACCGAUCUCACCCAUGUGGAGUCUGAGGCUAUUAUCAAUGGGAAAGCAGCAGAUGAUGCCCAAGAUGUCCAAGAGGCGUCCAAGGAAUGUUCUGAAACGGAUGAAGGCUUUGCUGCCACUGAAGAAGAGGAGCAGUUUCUGGUCCAGCAUAAUUUAACAUGGUCUUCGUUACAACAGCUUAAAGAGAAGACUCUUGGCACCAGAGAAGGAAUGAGGAGGUUCAGAGAUUUCCUACAGAACACAUUAGGAGACCAUCUCUUCCAGUUUUGGGUUGAAUGUGAAGAGUUUAAAGAUUUCUCCAGAGACCUUGAAACCAGUGAGAACCCAGAAGAAUCCAGACACAUGUGUGCUCACCUGUUCAGGCGCAUCCAAAGCAAGUACCACGUGUAUCUAAGUCCGGAAUGCCAGGAGCAGAUCCGGCUUUCUCAGCAGAUCUGGGGUCCAACAUUUCAAGCCUUCAGAAGGUCUCACUAUGACGCCUUAAGACGACUGCGCUCCUACUGGGUCCCCAGAUUUAUCAUCCACCAGCGGAGGUCUCAGCUGGCCCAGAACAAGGUUGGCCAUAGAAAGGUUCUCCUGACAUCGCAGGAUAGCAUGUCAAUCUCUGAGAGGGAAUCACUAAGCUUCGAAGACACAGUGGCUCACCCAGACAGGAAACAGAAAGAAAUCCCAAGCGAGGUUAGACCUCCACAGCAAUAUCCUGACAAGGGAAGCGUGGGCUUCAUGGAGAAGAUCUGCAGCAAUCCGCUUUUACACAGAAUUAUCCCCGCUUUGCAGAGUGACCAUCAGGCCGGGGGAACCUUCCUUCAUUAUCUUAAGAGGUUUGAGUCACUGCAGAAGAUUCAGGCUUUUUAUCUAUGGAAGGAAUUGAGUGAUUUCAAUGACUGGGAAUCACACCAAACAAACAGUGCAUGCCAACACCAACCUAGCGGGUAUACUGAUGGCCUACACGUCAGGCCUGGCCACACACAGACAGGUAAGAGACAUGCAGGAGAGGAUGGCUUUACAAAACUCUCAAUCCAGAAACCUGGAGGACAAUUGCAGAUACGCCGAUAG